AUAUGGAGUCUGGAGAGCGGCUGGCCUCCCCUGCGCCCACCCUGUCUGCUGCUCACACCUCCUCCCCUGCGGCCUCCUCUUCCUCCUCAUCUUCCUCUUCUUCCUCCUCUUCGUCAUCGCCUGCGCCCCACUCUAAGAGCAGCCUGGCCCCGAGCCCAUCAGCACUGGGAUCCACCCUCAACACCUCUGGCCGACUGUUUGGAGGAGCGGGAGAUCAGCCCUUCAUUGGCUCCACGUUGUCAAGUGCCUUCCCUCUGGUGAACCACCCUGCCUUUGGAGCCCUCUACACUGCCGGGGCGGGCAGGCCCGAGUUUGGAGGCCUGGGCUCAAUUGGGAUGUCAGCUGCUCUGGCUGCCCACCCACAGUUAGGAGCGCUGACUGAGUGGUGGCGAGCUGCUGAAGCCCACGGACGCGGAGCUGCUGCCUUUAUCCCCUCUUUCAUCGGCUUUCCUCCUUUCUUCGCCCCCCACAUUCAGCCCAAUCACAACACUAGUCCUGUUCAGAUCAGGACGCCUGGCAAGAAUAGCCACGACCCGCCUAAAGGGGUGAACGGUGCAGUGAAUGGAAGUGGGGUCUGUCCUCCCACCACACAAUCAGGGAGCUAUUCUGCGAGUCCGACUCCCGUUCAGGCACCAACAAAGCCGACCAGAAAUUCCGAUCCGUCUAAUAUUCACCGUAGCAGCCCUGAGAACAACCCAUCAGAGUUGGUGGAAAAGACGAUUGUAAAGCCUAAGGAGAAGAAGUCUCGGAGGAAGCCGGCGGGGGCUUCUUUGGCGAGUCACAGUGAAUCAGGCACGUCCUCGGACAGCUCGAGCGACGGCUCUCUCAGCAGCGAUCUGGAAGACCUCGCAGAGGAAGACGAGGAUGAGGACGACGACGAGGAGGAUGAUGAAGAAGAUGACAAGCAGAGUGAACUUUCAGAAUCUGAGAAACGGAUAAAGAAGAAGGCAAAGGUGUUAUUACCAAGCACUGGAACUGGAAAGAGUGAACGGUCACUUUCUAGGGAGGUCCAGGUCAAAAAGGACAACCAAGCUAAGAAGGUGCCCUCCAACCCCCCAACUCUUGUGCCAUUACCCUGCUCUGUCUCCCCGCCCACCUUGUCCCAAACUUCGCCUCUGGGCCUGCAGAGCUCCAGGACCCGGACUGAAGGGCCGCAGCAACACUUCAGUGUGAUUCAGUCCACUGGCCUGGCCGCCAACCCUAAGCCUCUCGCACUCCUCACCCAGCCUCGUCGGGAGCCGUCACCAACCUCCUCCCCUAUAGCUCUCACCACUUCCCCAAGAGCACUGUCCAGCACUGCCUCUCCCAAACCUCCCAAACUGCUGCCGUCCUCCUCCCCCCAACACCUCCCUCUCUCCCUCUGCUCCUCCCCGAAGCCCCUGUCCGUCCCCUCUCCACCCCGCUCCACCCUCCUGGCAUCUACCUCCCCAAAACCUUUUGGUUUGACCUCGUCUUUAACGAGCCCGCAGAAGUCGUCGUUGAAGCCACCCAGGCACGCCGUGUCCAGUGCCGCCAAAUCCAACAAGAAAAAACAGCUGGAGGCUUCACUGGCACAGAUCAGCGAGUUCAGGCUCAAACAGACUCUCAUGUCCCAAGGGCAGACAUUCCCAGCUGAGCAAAAGAAGCAGCAGCAGGGGCCAAACAAAUCCCCGAAAAGGACGUCGCUGUCUUCACCGCCAUUGCCACCUGUUCCGCCUACUCCACCCCAGAACAAUCACUCCAACCUCUUCCUUUCAAGUGCCCUGCUGGGUCUCCCCGAACCCAAUCACCCAAAUGGAGUCAUCCAAAGCACCACUCAGGACACACCUUUGGCCCUCAUCACCAAACCUCGCAAAGACGCUGCCGCUCAGGGCAGGUCCCCUCAGCCCAACUCAGACGCUGGGUCGAUGCCUGUCAAUCUGAGCACAGGGCCAAGUAGGACCCCAGCGAGUGCCCAGGCUGGUCCUCCAUCGCAGCCUCCAACUACCUCACCCCAUGCCACGGGCCAUACAUCUAGAAAAAGCAAGACGCCCAAGGUUAAAGGGCAGACACCAGCGCCGGGACAAGCAGACCCUUUAGCUGCCUGGAAGGGCUUCUCUCAGAAUCAUCUGGUGCAGUCUCUGGUAGAUUUGUUUCGAGGAGGAGAAUCUGGUGUUGGGAUUCCUGGGGUUAGUAUCCCUGGGGUUGGAAUUCCUGGCGUGGGAAUCCCUGGAACGUGUAACCCCACAGCUGGUCUUCCAGCCAACAAGGAAUCGGACGACUCAGGAGACGACGACGACGAUGAUGAGGACGAUGACCUCGAAGAGGAGGAUGAAGAGGACUCUGAUGAUAGUCUCUCAGAGUCUGACAGCAACUCUGACAGCGACAUUUCAGGAAAGAAAGUGAAGGAGUUAAAGCUGCUGCCCUCUGGAUCAUCCAAAAAGGAGAUGACUCCUCGCAGGCUUACCAAAGGUCCAGAGCUACUGAACACCUCAACCAACCACACCGCCACCAGCUGCUCCCCUCUCAACCUACAGGUCAUCAAGAGUCCCUCUGUUGCCACCAGCUCCAGUGCCUUGGCCUACCACAGCUCUGCAGGCUCUUCUUCCUAUAGCCUAGCUUCUCCUUUAGGUUUAGGGAAAAGGAAGAGGGUGAUGGAUGAAAAGGAGUUGAUGGUACCUCUGGAGUUGGGGUGGCGGAGAGAAACAAGAAUCAAGUCGGUGGGUGGACGCCCGCAGGGUGAGGUGUCCUACUACGCUCCCUGUGGCAAGAAACUCAGACAGUACCCAGAUGUGAUGAAGUAUCUAUCCAGAAAUGGAAUAAGUGGCAUCACGCGUGAUAAUUUUAGCUUCAGUGCAAAGAUAAGGGUUGGUGACUUCUAUGAAGCCAGAGAAGGACUCCAGGGUUUGCAGUGGAGCCUGUUGAAGGAAGAAGAGGUCGUUCCUCGAAUUUUGGCCAUGGAGGGUCGCAGGGGUCGUCCUCCGAACUCAGAACGGCAGCUAGCAGGAGAUGUUACCAAAGCUGGUCGACGGAGGAAAGGACGCCCCCCCAACGUGGGCGAUCAGCUCGUAACAGAAGGGCCCAGCCCCAGUGAGGUCAAACUUCUGCGCAAGCUGGAAGCUCAAGGUGAGAACAGGUUUCUGGCCAGUGAUAAAACACUACCUUAUCUCUUUGCAGCCAUCAUGGCAGCAGAAGAGAGAAGAAAGCAGAAGGAACAGAUCAAGAUACUCAAGCAGCAGGAAAAGAUCAAGCGCAUUCAGCAGAUUCGGAUGGAGAAAGAACUGAGAGCGCAGCAAAUUUUGGAGGCCAAACGGAAAAAGAAGGAAGAAGCUGCCAAUGCCAAAAUAUUAGAGGCUGAGAAACGCAUAAAGGAGAAAGAGUUGAGGAGGCAGCAGGCGGAGAUUCUUAAACACCAGGAGUUGGAGAGGCAUAGACUAGAUAUGGUAUGGGAGAGGGAAAGGAGGAGGCAACAUGUAAUGCUGAUGAAGGCUGUUGAGGCUCGCAAGAAAGCAGAGGAGCGUGAACGCUUGCGGCAGGAGAAAAGAGAUGAGAAGCGCUUGAACAAAGAGCGCAAACUGGAGCAACGGCGACUAGAGCUGGAGAUAGCGAGGGAGCUGAAAAAGCCAAACGAAGACAUGUGUCUUUCUGACCAUAAGCCUCUCCCAGAGUUCUCCCGCAUCCCUGGCCUCAUCCUCCCUGGACGGGCAGUGUCAGACUGCCUGAUGCUCAUGCAGUUCUUGAGAGGCUUUGGAAAAGUUUUAGGACUUGAUUUGAAUGCAGAUGUUCCCACCUUGGGAAUGCUGCAGGAAGGCUUGCUCAACGUGGGGGACAGCAUGGGCCAAGUUCAAGACCUUCUGGUCAAACUGCUCUCUCUAGCAGUCUGUGAUCCCGGUUUGCCACCUGGACAAAAGACAAAAACCAUGCUGGGGGACCACUUAACCAACGUUGGCAUCAACAGGGAUAACGUCUCGGAGGUGCUGCAAAUGUACAUGAGCGCUCAUUGUUCCAACACAGAGCUGGCUCCUUUGGCCCUCAGUCUGAAGACCAAAGCCUUCCAGGCUCACACUCCUGCCCAGAAGGCCUCAAUUCUGGGGUUCUUGGCUAAUGAGCUGGCCUGCAGUAAAGCUGUUAUCAGUGAGAUUGACAAGAAUCUGGAUCAAAUGGCGAACAUGAGGAAGGACAAGAUCAUUAUGGAAGGAAAACUGAAGAAGCUGAAGACCAUUCACGCCAAGCGGACCGGGAAGAGGGAGGCCAGCGCGGGUGUGGAAGAGAACCAGUCCGUUGGCACUCCAUCCUCUGCCGCCAAGCGCAAGAGGAAGCUGGGUGGAGACAGCGAGGAUGACGACGACGACGAUGAUGACAGUGAUGAUCAGGCAGAAGACGACGACGACGAGGAGGAGGAGGAGGAAAUUAAAAAAGUAAAAAAAGUGGAGACCUUUGACGAGGAUGAAGUCGACCAGGCCACCAGCAUUGAGGAGCUUGAGAAGCAAAUAGAGAAAUUAGCUAAGCAACAUCAUCAGACCAGAAGAAAGCUCUUUGAGACAUCUCAUUCUCUGCGCUCCAUGAUGUAUGGUCAGGACCGGUAUCGGCGCCGGUACUGGGUUCUGCCACACUGCGGAGGGGUCUUCAUUGAAGCUAUGGAGAGUGGAGAAGCCCCAGAGGAACUGGAGGAGGAGCGGCAGAGGAGGAGAAGAGCAGCCGAAGAGGUCAAGGUGAAAGAGGAACCCCAGGAGUUUGAACUGCACAAGGAGAAACCCCGCAGCCUCGAUGGACAGAACCUUCGGACACAGAGCUUGGAACAACAGAAAGACGAGGGUCAGGAACAUGAGGGGAAGAAAAACACUCAGACUCUGUUCUACCAGCAGGCCGGCUGCAUCUCAAAACUGUGUACACUCCGAAAUGUUGGCAAAGACGUUAGCAAGCAAUCUCUAAAGGCAGAGGAAAAGGAGAGUCCACUUGGGAUACAAGAGAUCAGUCCCGUGAACAUUCCUAAUGCCUCCAAGAAAGAAACAUUACCUUCCCCCAAUCAUACUACCCCAGAGCCUGCAGCAGCAUUAACUCCUUCCUUAGUGACCACUAAUGACACUACAAACAUCCCUCCUCCGGCUUCUACAUCUUCAUCUUUCCCCUGCCUGCCCGUCCGACAGGAAAGCCCAGGGAACACUCCUCCAACUUCCUCUCCUGUGCCAUCUCCACACCUCGUAUUCCAAGCCAAUGACCAGUUGCUCAGAGUUCUGACCGAGAGGAGUGGGCACUGGUUCAGUCUACUUCCUCGCAACCCUUGUGACCUCUCUUCUCUUACCACUACUCCGCCAGGAGCGCCGCGUGGCUCUCCUCAGGCGUCUUCAACACCGGGCAGACCUCGGUCUCCACCUCCUUCCCCCGCCCUACCUCUCACGCCUUCUGCUGCCUCUGCGUCCGCUAGCCCGCAUCACCCAACUGGUCUCCUCAACUACCCUUUGUCUGCCCUGCAGUUGAAGUCAGGGGGCUCAUUGCUUGGGGUUUCUUUUGCAAACUGGCCUAGUGGUGUGAUAAGUCCCAGCUUACCUCUGUGCAGUAGCCCCAGCCCCAUGCCAGGUCAUUCCCUGGAGGGCAACACAACAGCAAGUGUCUCUAGUAAGAGUGAGUCACCUAUACCUCGCAUUGAGAAAAGCUCCUCUAUGCCCUCUUCUGCCUUGGAGAUGCCGAAGUCGCUUGACCACCCUGCACCUCGGCCCAUUCCAGAAGAACUGCUGACAGGUUGGUGGCGGGUGUCUCACAUCGAACAGCUGCGGGCACUGGUUGAUGCUCUCCACAGUCGAGGAAUCCGGGAGCGGGGCCUCCAGCGGCAGAUGCAGAAAUACCUGGAGAUAAUCCCACAGGUUUGCACCAAACACAAAGAUGUGGCCAUGAUUGAGCUCCGGGAGCUUGAGGAAAGCCAGGUCAGUGUGGAGUCAGUGCGGGGCUGGUGUGUGGAGGAACAGGCCAUGGAAAUGGACAUUGCUGUGCUGCAGCAGGUUGAGGAGCUGGAGAGGAAAGUGACUGCAGCCAGCUUGCAAGUCAAGGGCUGGACCUACCCAGAUCCUCAGUCUGAGCGGGAGGAUCUGGUGUACUACGAGCACAAGCCCCCCACUAAGUCAACACCAGCAUCAGGAGGUGCAGGAGAUAAGGACUCCAAGGAGCAUCUUGAGGAACGUGGAGAGAAGGGCGGGGUGAUGCGUCACCCGGACAACCCUCUGGACAUAGCAGUGACACGUCUGGCCGAUCUGGAGCGCAACAUCGAGAGAAGGUACCUGAGGAGCCCCUUAGGUACCACCAUUCAGAUCAGGCUGGAUAAUGUGGGUACGGUCACUGUCCCUGCCCCCGCCCCAUCCUCUAGUGCUGACAGGGAAGGCGGUGAGGAGGAGGUAGCCCACGGUAUGAAGGUAUGGAGGAAGGCUCUGAGUGAGGUCCGCAGUGCCGCCCAGUUGGCCAUGUGCAUCCAGCAGCUGCAGAAGUCUAUCGCUUGGGAAAGGUCUAUCAUGAAAGUGUACUGUCAGAUGUGCAAAAAGGGGGACAAUGAGGACCUCCUUUUGUUGUGCGACGGCUGUGACAAAGGGUGUCACACUUACUGUCACAAACCCAAGAUCACCAGCAUCCCCGAAGGAGACUGGUACUGUCCAGCCUGCAUUUCAACGGCAAGUGGUCCGUCCCCAAAGACCAAAAAGCCUCCAGCCAAAACUGUAGCUUCUAGCGGAGGAAGCAGCAAAAAAAGCGGGGAGUCCAAGAAGAACGUGAAGCAGACAGGUAACGGGGAGGUAUCAGAGGAGGAUUCAGUCAGUGCCAGCAGCACGCCCAAAAAAGGAUCAAAAGACACCAGCAGGAAGAGAAAAACAGAGGAGGCUUCACCUGCUCUGAUACCAGCCAAUCAGGAGAGCCCUGUGUGUGUGAAACGGGCCAAGACGGCAAGAGACAACAACAGGGACCUGGGAUUAUGCAGAGUACUUCUCGCAGAGUUGGAGCGGCAUCAGGAUGCAUGGCCUUUUCUCACGCCUGUCAACCUAAAAUCGGUCCCUGGCUACAGGAAGGUCAUAAAAAAGCCGAUGGACUUCUCCACUAUACGUGAGAAGCUUGUGAGCAGCCAGUAUCAAAACCUGGAGACUUUCAUCAUCGACGUCAACUUGGUCUUUGAUAACUGUGAAAAAUUCAAUGAAGAUAAUUCGGACAUUGGUCGAGCCGGUCAUAACAUGAGGAAGUUUUUUGAGAAGCGCUGGACUGAGCUUCUGAAGCAAACAAACUAAACUGUUCAGACUCUCCUUGUGAACCCAUUCAACGUUUCAUACGGAACACCAGGUUUUAUUUUCUAUUUUUUUUUUUUUCUGACGGAGUU